AUGCUCAAGAGGGGCGCGACUAUAUCAUUUGAAUUCUUUCCGCCGCGGAAUGCCGAUGGCAUACCCGCUGUGCUGGACACGGUAAGGGAACUUACCGCCUACUGUCCGGACUUUAUCUCGGUCACCUAUGGCGCGGGCGGCUCCACGCGGCAGUUCACCGAGGAAAUCACCGUCAGUGCCAAGGAGUCGGCCGGGGGUGUUGAGGUGAUGGCCCACCUGACCUGCGCGGGCCAGACCGUAGAUGAGCUGGACAGUGUGCUGCAACGCCUGGAGGAAGCUGGCAUCGAGAACGUCAUCGCGCUGCGGGGCGAUCCACCGCGGGGCGAGCAGGAGUUCACCGUAGUCGAGGGCGGAUUCAGCCACGCGUCCGAGCUGGUGACCCACAUCAAGGCCAACUACGAAUUCGGCAUCGCAGCCGCGUGCUACCCUGAGGGUCACACCGAGGCGGUGAGCCUCGAACAGGAUCUGGAUUACGCCAAGCUGAAGGUGGACAAUGGCGCCGAUUUCCUGAUCACCCAGCUUUUCUUCGACAACAACGACUACUUCGAGUUUGCCGACCGUGCCGCCGCAGCGGGGAUCGAUGCGCCGGUGGUGCCAGGGAUCCUGCCGUUCCUGAGCACGCCUCAGAUACGCCGGUUCACCUCCCUGUGCGGUUCGAAGAUUCCGGCAGACCUGGAUGCCGAGUUGGAACGGCUGGCCGACGAUGACGACAGCGUGCGGGAGCUGGGCAUUGAAUAUGCGGCGCGGCAGGUUGAGGGCCUUUGGGCCGCCGGGAGUUCCUGGCGUCCAUUUUUAUGUGCUGAAUCGCAGUUACUCGGUAUCGAAGAUCCUCGACCGGCUGGGUCUGCCCGGUCACGUUCCGGACUAGAGGCUUUCCGGAGGUUCUUUCCUUCGGGGUGA